AAUCAACAUCAACUCCGUCCUGUAGUACAAUUCCGCCCUCAUCACCCCUUCUCUCUCUCUCCCCCCAUCUUCUGCAUCACAGUCAAGAUGACAGACCAGCUUCCACACGUAUCCAAUUGGGUCAACGGCGCCCACACCGCAGCGACGCCCACCCGCAUCCCGAUCCUCAAUCCCGCCACCGAAACCCCCAUCGCAACCAUCGACGCCACUUCGCAAGAGACGAUCGACGAGAUCAUCGAGACCUCCCUCCAAGCCUUCCAGCAGGGCCGCUGGUCGCGCGCCGACCCGUCCGAGCGCUUCAUCGUCCUCUCGACAGCGGCGCGGCUCCUCCGCUCACGCAUCGACGAGUUCAUCGCGCUCGAGACCCAGCAGACGGGGCGGCCCAUCCGCGAGAUGCGGGCGCAGCUCGCCCGGGUCCCCGAGUGGCUGGAAUACUUUGCCGCGCUGGUGCGGGUCCACGAAGGCCGGGUGACGCCCUUCAAGGGCCCCGUGGUGAACACGCUGACGCGGCUGCCGCUGGGCGUGGUCGCCCUGAUCACCCCUUACAACCACCCGUUGCUGAUUGCGAUGAAGAAGAUCGGCGCGGCGCUGGCGGCGGGCAACGUCGUGAUCGUCAAGGCCUCGGAGCUGGCGCCGCUGUCCGUGCUGCGGAUGGGCGCGCUGUUCCAGGAGGCUGGGCUGCCGGAUGGAGUGCUGCAGAUCGUCAGUGGGUAUGGGUACGAGACGGGCAAGUAUCUGUGUCAGAACCCUCGGCUGGCCAAGAUCGAUUUGACCGGAGGGCUGGCGACGUAUAAGGCGAUCGCGGCCGUCGCAGCGGCGAAUCUCAUCCCCAUCACGGCUGAGCUUGGCGGCAAGGCCCCCGUGUGUUUGUUUCCGAGCCUGGAGGUCACGACGGCGGUGCAGGCGGCGUUGUUCGCGGGGUUCAUUGCUAGUGGGCAGACGUGUGUGACGGGAAGUCGGUUGUUGGUGCAUCAGGAUAUGUAUGAGGAGUUUCGGGGGUUGUUGGAGACGAGGGUCAGGGCGUUGCGAGUGGGCGAUCCCACGGACACGAGGACGCAGAUUGGGCCGGUGAUCUCGCGGACGGCGGUGGAGAGAUGUGCUGCUUUUGUGGAGAGAGCUCUCCGUGAAGGAGGGAGGAUUCUGUGUGGUGGACAUGCGACUUCGAAUUCAAAUGGCAAGGGGUUCUAUUUCGAGCCCACGGUUAUCGAAACCAACGCGGACUCGGACCUGGCGUGCAACGAGGUCUUUGGCCCUGUCAUCGCGUUGAUCAAGUGCGAGACUGAAGAACAGAUUGUUCGCAUUGCCAACAGCACAUCGUAUGCGUUGGGAGCCUCGGUCUGGACAAACGACUUCAAGCAAGCUCAUCGCGUGGCGGCGCAGAUCGAGGCUGGGAUUGUGUGGAUCAAUGGACAUCAUUUGAAUGACCCUUCGUCGCCCUGGGGGGGAUUCAAGGAAAGUGGCCUGGGCAAGGAGAAUGGCCAGGAGGCCUACGAGAGCUACACCAAGCUCAAAAGUACGGUCAUCAACCAUGGGGUUCCUCCUGUUUGGUUUGAUGACGAGCCCAAAGAUGCGCGGUAUGGCUAAGACAUGAACAUCCGACUGCGCUGUAGACGAUAGUCCAGACUAGUUCG